AUGCCGCCCCUGCACCCCAGCACCCAGCCGCCGCCGCCUGGCCCUGAAGGGGAGAACUGCGCCCAACCUCGACAGCCCGAGCCGUCGCUCUUCUCUUCUUCCUCCAAGCCGCCGUCACCAUCGCUCUUCUCCCUCACCUCUGCAGCAGCUCCGUCGUGCCCCAUCGCCUCGCGACCCCGGCGCCGUGCUCGUGCCCCAUCGCCCCGCGACGCCGUCGUCUGCACGCCGUGGCCGCGACACGCCUCGCCCUCGCCCCGACCACGCGCGUCGCGCCCUCGUCGCGAGCGCGGCACCUCAGAGCACGUCUUCGUCGACAACGCCAGCGCCGACGCCACCAGAGCCCGCCACGGCCGCGCCUCGUCCUCGGCCACGCCGACCGCUCCGCCCCCAGAGCUCGCGACGCCGCCUGGAGCUCUCCAUCGACCACCGCACCGCGAGCUCCUCCUCGUCACGACGCCGCCCGGUGCUCCAUCGAGCCACGCUGCGUCGGCCUCGCCCUCGCCGAGCGCGGGGACCCCGACCACCUCUGCUCCACCGGCGUUCACGACGCCAACGCCGAGCUGCACGCAACGCCGUCCACGGCCCCGUCCUCGCCUUCGAGCCGAGCACUGCGACAUCGACUCCACGUCGUCCUCGCCACCGGAGCCCCAACCUCGUCGCGACGCCGCGGUCGUGCCUCUGCUCCGAGCCACGACGCCGCGACCUCCUCUGGAACGAGUCCAGGGAGCCCCGGCCGAGCCGCGCGCGCACCUCGGCAUCAGCCGCGCCAACGGCGCCACCCUCGCACGGCGACCUCGACGCACCCUGUCCCUCGCCUUCACGCCCAGCGCCCCACCUUGCCGCGACGUCCUCCGCGCCAAGCCAUGGGACGUGAACGAGCAGUCGUGACGCCAAGCUCAGGGACCCUGCACCGUCCGUGAAGUCGUGCUCACCUCGCCGUGGUGAUCGCGAACACCCCCUCCACCAAGCUGAACGUGCAGCAGCGGCAGCACCACCCCACGCGAAGCUCUUCUCUGCCGCCGGGGAGCGGUGGCUUCGCUAUAUCAUUUUGCUAGAGUCGCGGUGUCUCUUGGAUCGUGCUGUCAUGCCCAACGUCGGCCUCCAGCAGCAAACCACAGUGGUCCAGGACAUGUUGCAGCUAGCCAAGUUCACCUGGGCGCUCUGCGACAAGCCUCGCCCAUCCUCGGCACCAGCAAGGUCGAACCUUGAACUAUGUCGACGCCCUUCGUGACGUCGACAAAACCCUUGUCCUUCUUUCUUAUACCUUUGUAUACCGGUGAUACUUGAUCAGUCAUCUCCGAUCUCGUUUAAUGCAUGAUCUGUCUCUAUUAUAUCUUUGCCUGUGCCGUGCCUUCGCGCCGGUCUACUCUAUCUCU